AUGUUAUUAGAAAUAGAGAAAUGUGGACUUUCUAACCUGCACAACUACUACGAUUGCAAACAGAAAAGCUGCAAAGAUUUCUCAGAAGAAGAGGAGGCCAGGCAGAAGAAGCUGAAGAAGAGACGAUUUCACCACAGCUGGGUCGAAGAAAGAGAACUAGCCUAUGAUAAGACCACAGGCAUCUGGUGGCUUCUGUUCUCGGAAAACCAAGGCAUGUUUUGUUUUCUUUGCUGUAAACAUAAAACUUUGAACACCCAGAACAAUGCUGCAGUAUUCAGCACUACACCCAGCAAAAGAUACAGGAAAGAGGCCAUCAGAGAACAUUCUUCAGCCAAAAUGCAUCAAGCUGCUGUGGAAGCUGAAAUGAAUCAAAGGGUGUCAAUGUUUCAUCAACAGUAUGAAGAAAAGGAAGCAGUUCGCAACGAUGUAUUGUACAAUGCUUUUGCAGCCUUGUAUUGGUUAGCAAGGGAGGCAGUUGCUAAUGUUAAGUUCUUUUCUUUGCUAAACCUGUUUCGUGCUGUUGGGCUAGACAAAAUGCAGCAUUUUAAUCACAAAUCUCCCGCUGCAGUGAGAGAAAUGUUCCUGACAAGUGGAAAUGUGGUCAAGAACAUGAUUAUAAACGAAAUAAAGAAAGCAGGGUCUUAUGGCCUUCUAAUUGAUGAAGUAACAGACGUCUCUGUUACUGAGCAAUUAAUCACGUUCGUGCAGUUUUGGAACAGCACUUCUGGUGGCACAGAGAUUAAGUUUCUUAGUGCAAAUGAUCUCCUUGUUGAAUCUGAGUCUGCAAAUGCAGAAACCAUAACGAGGACUCUUGUAACAGAGUUAAACCAUUGUGACUUGUCAGUUGGAAAGCUCAAUGGCCUUUGCACGGAUGGAGCAUCCGUGAUGACUGGAAAAACCAGUGGGGUGGCCACCAGGCUGAAAGAGUUGAACAAACACCUCGUCAGUGUUCACUGCAUCUGCCAUAAACUGUCCCUUGCUUGCUGUGACACUAAUGAUGAUAUCGCAUACAUGCAAGAAGUUGAGAUGGCUUUUUCAGAUCUGGAAAUUUUUUGAAAAUUCCCAAAACGACUUUGCAGCAUAUCUGAAGACCCAACUUAACGUGAAAAAGCUGCAAGAGCCUUCAAAAGAGGCUAAAGAUAAGUGCGUCCGUAGACUUGCUAAGGCUACUCGCACGAGGUGGCUCUCUCUUGGCAAGGCUGUAGAGGGUGUACAUAUGGAUUACGUACCACUCAUGCUUACACUAAAGCAACUUGACCAGAAAGAUGCUCAGGCGUCAGGUCUUCUCGGAAAGAUGCACAAAGUGAAAUUCAUUGGGGUGGUAACAGUCAUGCAUCACGUUCUUCCUGUUCUCAACAGACUCAGCUGUGCUUUCCAACAAGGAAAGGUUUCCUUCUCCCAUAUAAAGCCAGCAAUUCAGAAGUGCACCGAUGACCUUGACAAAAUUGCCCAGAUGGGAGUUCCAGUCACUGAGUUCCUUAGAGAUCUUUCACCUGGAGGCAGAUUGGAACAAGCUGAUCUUACUGCGUCUGAUAGAGAUAAGCUGUUUCUCACCAAUUUCCUGGUGAAAUAUGUCAAUUCACUGAAAGAAAGCUUAAGUAGCAGAUUUCCUGCCCUUCCCCUCCUGCCUGCUUUUAAUAUUUUUGACCCUGCACAAGUUCCAGAAAGGGCCAGCCAGGAUUCAGGGAUUAUGGCAGUGCAGCGGUGA